AGCCGCCGCCCCCGCCACCAGGGACAUGUCUAACCCCGGAGGCCGGAGGAACGGGCCCGUCAAGCUGCGCCUGACAGUACUCUGUGCAAAAAACUUGGUGAAAAAGGAUUUUUUCCGACUUCCUGAUCCAUUUGCUAAGGUGGUGGUUGAUGGAUCUGGGCAGUGCCAUUCUACAGAUACUGUGAAGAAUACACUCGAUCCAAAGUGGAAUCAGCAUUAUGACCUGUAUAUUGGAAAAUCUGAUUCAGUUACAAUCAGUGUAUGGAAUCACAAGAAGAUCCAUAAAAAACAAGGUGCUGGAUUUCUUGGUUGCGUUCGUCUUCUUUCCAAUGCCAUCAACCGCCUCAAAGACACUGGUUAUCAGAGGUUGGAUCUAUGCAAACUUGGGCCAAAUGACAAUGAUACAGUUAGAGGACAGAUAGUAGUAAGUCUUCAGUCCAGAGACCGAAUAGGCACAGGAGGACAAGUUGUGGACUGCAGUCGUUUGUUUGAUAAUGAUUUACCAGAUGGUUGGGAAGAAAGGCGAACUGCCUCUGGAAGAAUCCAGUAUCUAAACCACAUAACAAGAACUACGCAAUGGGAACGCCCAACACGACCGGCAUCAGAAUAUUCUAGUCCCGGCAGACCUCUCAGCUGCUUCGUUGAUGAGAACACUCCAGUUAGUGGAACAAAUGGUGCAACAUGUGGACAGUUGUCAGAUCCCAGACUGGCAGAGAGGAGAGUCAGGUCACAACGACAUAGAAAUUACAUGAGCAGGACACAUCUGCAUACUCCUCCAGACCUCCCGGAAGGCUAUGAACAGAGGACAACGCAACAAGGGCAGGUGUAUUUCUUACAUACUCAGACUGGUGUGAGCACGUGGCAUGAUCCAAGAGUGCCUAGAGAUCUUAGCAACAUCAAUUGUGAAGAGCUUGGUCCACUGCCUCCUGGAUGGGAGAUCCGUAAUACGGCAACAGGCAGAGUUUAUUUCGUUGACCAUAACAACAGAACAACCCAGUUUACAGAUCCCCGGCUCUCUGCUAACUUGCAUUUAGUUUUAAACCGGCAGAACCAGUUGAAAGACCAACAGCAGCAGCAAGUGGUAUCAUUAUGCCCUGAUGACACGGAGUGUCUGACAGUCCCAAGGUACAAGCGAGACCUGGUUCAGAAACUCAAAAUUUUGCGGCAAGAACUUUCCCAACAGCAGCCUCAGGCUGGCCACUGCCGCAUUGAGGUUUCCAGGGAAGAAAUUUUUGAGGAAUCAUAUCGGCAGGUCAUGAAAAUGAGGCCAAAAGAUCUGUGGAAGCGGUUAAUGAUAAAAUUUCGUGGAGAAGAAGGCCUUGACUAUGGCGGGGUUGCCAGGGAAUGGUUGUAUCUUUUAUCCCAUGAAAUGCUGAAUCCAUACUAUGGGCUUUUCCAAUAUUCAAGAGAUGAUAUCUAUACAUUGCAGAUCAAUCCUGAUUCUGCAGUUAAUCCGGAGCAUUUAUCCUAUUUCCACUUUGUUGGCCGGAUAAUGGGAAUGGCUGUGUUUCAUGGACAUUAUAUUGAUGGUGGUUUCACACUGCCUUUUUAUAAACAGUUGCUUGGGAAGUCAAUUACUUUGGAUGACAUGGAGUUAGUUGAUCCAGAUCUUCAUAACAGUUUAGUGUGGAUACUUGAGAAUGAUAUUACAGGUGUCUUGGACCAUACCUUCUGUGUUGAACAUAAUGCAUAUGGUGAAAUUAUUCAGCAUGAACUUAAACCAAAUGGCAAAAGCAUCCCUGUAACUGAAGAAAAUAAAAAAGAAUAUGUCAGGCUGUAUGUGAACUGGAGAUUUUUACGAGGCAUUGAGGCUCAAUUCCUGGCUCUGCAGAAGGGAUUCAAUGAAGUAAUCCCACAGCAUCUGCUGAAGACAUUUGAUGAGAAGGAGUUAGAGCUCAUUAUUUGUGGACUUGGAAAGAUAGAUGUUAAUGACUGGAAGAUAAACACCCGGUUAAAACACUGCACACCAGACAGCAAUGUCGUAAAGUGGUUCUGGAAAGCUGUGGAGUUUUUUGAUGAAGAACGACGAGCACGGUUACUUCAGUUUGUGACAGGAUCGUCUAGAGUGCCUCUGCAGGGCUUUAAAGCUUUACAAGGUGCUGCAGGCCCGCGACUCUUCACAAUACACCAGAUUGAUGCCUGCACCAACAACCUGCCAAAAGCUCACACUUGCUUCAAUAGAAUUGACAUUCCGCCCUAUGAAAGCUAUGAAAAGCUAUAUGAAAAGCUGCUAACAGCCAUCGAAGAAACAUGUGGAUUUGCUGUGGAAUGACAACAUCAAGGAUUAACCCAGGACUCUAUUUAUGCCCCUGACCGACAGCCUCUUUCAGCGAAGUUUCAAGGAAUGCUGAAAUACAGGAACCCCCCCCCCCUUUUUUUUAAGUUUGAGGACACUGUGAGGGGAAAGGACAAUUUUGAAAUUCCUUUUCAAGGAAAAAAAGGUCUUUAUGCUUUGCCAUGAGGCCACAUUCAGCUGCUAUUUAAAAUUAAUAUCUUGAACCUAAAGAAUGCUGACUUUUCCUACAUUUCCAGAGUUAGGCAGUAUUCGACACUUAAAGACUACUACUAUUUUUAUAAAAGGUAAUCUAUUCAAAUCGCUUCAUAGAUUUCAAGUCUCUGAAACAUCAAGACAACUUCAGCAGUCGGUACAAGUCACAUUUCAGUUUGAUUGAGUACAUGAUUUUGAACAGCUCCUGUACUUGCUCUUUGUAAAAAAAUAAAAUUAUUUUGGAUUAUUCUAACUUUGUAAAAAAUUGGUUAAAAGAAUCAUUAUCUUUUAAAAAAUUAAGCCACUUACAUGUUUAAUUACAUUUUCCUAUAGCAGAGCAUUCUAUUUUGCAUUAUGUGUUUCAGCCUAGCCUAAGUGGGUCUUUUUUGUAUUUUUCAAGCAUGAAUUUCCUGGAAUACAGCUAUAUAAUUUUGGUUGUCAAAUUCCUAAUGCAACCAUUUAGUCUAAACUUAGUAGUUUAUUUGAUACAAUAAGAUAUGUUCAGGGGUUCCCUGUUUAAGAGUCUUAAAGAAAAAAAAACCUGAUGUUUUUAUCUGGAACAAAUAUGAUCAGGUAUUUUGGAUUUACUUGUCAUCUUAGAUGGAAAUACUGCGUUUUUUAUCCUGAGAUCUUGUGGAUGGGAUGGUAUUUUCAUUCUUUUGCUGGGUCAGCUUAGUUUUUAUACUGUUUCUGUAAACCAAAGUCUCCUACGACAAGUGCACCUAAUUUAUAUUUUAAUUACAGUGUAAGUUUCUAUCAAGUAAACCAUCCUGAAUCUUUGUUUAGCUGCUCAUGACAUUUUAAACAACUAAAAUGAUGAAAAAGGAAAAAUUCGCUCAAUGUUAUUUAGCAAAAAAACCCUGCUUUUACCUACAAAAUGAAGUAGAGGUGGUAUUAGAGGUGGUGGGGGAUGUGAUUACUAAAGAAACAAUGAUUCUAACUCUAUGGUAUAAAUUACUUUAAAACUGAAGAGUUAAUUUUGUAAGUAAAGGAAUCUCAGUUCCUUUGGUGUUGAAGAUCAACAGUGGAUUUUGAAAUGUCCAGAUUUAGCUUCCAGGGCAUGUGGCCUGUUGCAUGAUCCAGAAGGCAACCAGAACUCCGGGGUGAGGGAUUAGAAAAACCUGAAACCAUGAGUGGAUUUUAAAAUUCAACCAUCACAAAUCUGCACUUUUUCUUUUUCCUACAUUGAUGUGAUAUAAUCAGUAGUAGCAACUUUUGAUGAGGUGGAAUUGUUUAAAUUUUGCAUUUAAAAAAUUAGCAAGUGAAUAGGCCCUUUGUGUUGUAUUUCUUGUGAUGGAGUGGUUUUCUGUCUGUGUUACUUGGAACCAAAGGGUUCCUCAGAGGUGCCUCUGGGAGUGGUUAAGCUAAGAGAGAGGGAGGGGAAAGGCCUCACUGGUGUUUGAGCAGGGGCCUGUAAGCCCCUGCCGUUUACCUAGAGCAGCUCAUUUUUUCUCUUUUAUAGUUUGGGAUUCCAAGUCCAGCUUUCACUAAUGGGGGCAAGGGGUUUGGUAAAAGAGUUGGAGAUUUUGCUGCUUAAUAGAAAAUUGGGAACUACUUAUGUAGUUUCUAUGUAUUUAAAUGUAUUUUAUUCGGCCAAAUUUGCUACAAGUAAGCUAGUCUUAGUCAUAACUGUAAUCACUGUGUAAUGUGCUUACACCGACCUUCUUCUUCCCAAACAUUUUGUUUUUUACCUUCAGCAUUCUUAGUAGUGCUGAUGAAAUACUGAAGUGGACAUAAAUGGUUUCUAUGCUGCUUGAUCAUCCAUAGUUUUCAGCUUUCACAAAGUACCUUAUUGGUUGCCGGCUCCAUCUUUUUUUAGAUUAAAGCACUAGUGCAGUUUGUAAUUGUGCCUACUCUCUCUCUUUUUUUUUAGCAUUUUUUUAUUCGUACUUUAGAUGAAGGUUUACAGAACAAACUAGUUUCUCAUUAAACAGUACACAUACUGUUUUAUGACAUUGGUUAACAACCCC